AUGCCCGAAAUUUCUAUUGAGACGUUACGCGAGCGACUAAACGAACGUCUGCCCGAGAAGUGUAAAGAGCUCAAGCCUCAUUUCGAUGGUGUGCCCGUACUUUCCUUGAGGAAAGGCUCCAUCUUACCGCUGACAGCCCCUCAUCAUAUGAUUUAUAUAGCCACUUUGGAAUCGGGGCGAAAAGUCGUGGUUCGAGUCAUGAAUCCGACAAUUCGGAAAUACGCAGGAGAGAAAUGCCCCUUCAAGAUGACCUCAGAGAUCGCGACGAUGAAAUACGUUAGGAAACAUACCAAGGUCCCCGUCCCGGAGGUCCUGGCGUAUGACCCAGACAAAGACGGCAAAGUAGGCGGCGAAUGGAUGGUGAUGGAGCGGGUCCACGGUGUCGCCGCUAUCCUGAUGUGGCCGGCACUGUCCAAGGAGCUGCGCCGGAAGCUCACACUGGCCAUGGCGAAUGUGUUCGCGCAGCUUCUGAAGCAGCGAUUCUCGAAGAUUGGGAGCCUCUAUGAGGAAGGGGAAGACUCCUUCGUUGUUGGGCCAAUGGCGCUGAUCCCGUCCCAUGACAAGAUCGACAGGAGCGUUCCGGAUGACGAGAAAUGUGGUCCAUUCGGGUCACAGAAAGAUUGGCUGCUUGCUGUGGCUAAGGGAGACCUCGACGUUGGUCGUGACCGUCCACUGCAAGGGGAAGACCUGGAACGGAUGAAAGAGGUGAUCAAGGAGAUCGAGGAAGCGGACCUUUUGGAUGAUGCCGCAGAUCAUUCAAAGAUUGCAUUGGAGCAUGUCGACCUCAACCUGACCAAUGUCUUCGUAAACCCCGACUUCCCUACUGAGAUUACAGGCGUCAUCGAUUGGGAAGGGGCGCGCACAGCUCCCAUGUGGGCCAUACAACCUCGGUUCUUCGAGCGUACCUGGAAAAUGUACGAGGUCGAGAAGCAGGAGCUACACGCGUUCGGAUACGAGCUCAUCAGGCUCCGCGUUUCCGCUUGGAAUGCGGGCGGACGGGAGCCCGGAUGGGAGUUGCGCAACUUGCUUCGGGAAGCGCAGGAGAGGCGCGUAAAUCCCAGCAAGGUUGAAGACGCUGUAGCUUCCCUUGCCCGGUUGUCUCUACAAGUCGAUGAAGAGCGCCUUCGUCGUGAGGCGUUCAGGCGUUCGGAGACGCCUGAACCGGAAGAUCGCCGUUACUAG